UGCAGAAUUAUAAAUUCACUCAAAUAUCAUCACCUUGCUUGCAAACUCAAAGUCAGCUAAUUACUUUACAAAGUACGAUAACUAUUCACAUCUCAACCUCUAUAAUACUAAAUUGUCUCUUUUUUUGUGUUCCUUUAUAAAAUUGUGCGAUCCGACAACGUCCAAAUCGUAAAUUCGAUUCAAUAGUAAUAUGCUUACAAAGUGGAUACACAUGUCUUUGUAACAACGUUCUAUUUCAUAUUUUACGUUUAAUCUCUGGUCAUAAUUAUGGUGAAAAGGUUGACUUUUCCUUAGCGCGAGCAACGAACUGCUUAACCUUUGCACUAGCGGAAACAAAAACAACAGCGUUUUGUCUUUUUUCAGUUUGUCGUUGGAAACAAGACUUGUUGUAUCUUGUAGGAAGAACAACUGCAAACGACUGGAUCAAAGGACAAGCUAUAGCUAGGGGAAAAUAAAGCGGGUCUCUCGGAUUUUCUUAAAUUCUAUAAAACGGAAAAAAAAAAAGACACGAAAAACAGCUCUGUAAAAAUGUUUUCGCAGACACAGAAACAAUUCAUUGAGGAGGGUGAUCUUGCUAUCGUUUGGUUAGGAAAAGGAAAACUCACUCCGAUUGUUCUCAAUUCUACUGAAACACUGCACAACCAAUUUGGUGCUUAUCCUCACUCGGAACUCAUUGGUAAGCGUUAUGGACAGCAAAUUGCUUCUUCAUCGAAGCAAGGCUUCAUCUAUCUGCUCCAUCCAACUCCGGAACUAUGGACUUUAGCUCUACCUCAUCGUACCCAAAUUGUUUAUACCCCAGAUGUCUCUGCAAUUGUUCAGAAACUACGCAUCGUUGAAGGCUCUCGUGUUAUUGAGGCAGGAACAGGAAGCGGAAGUAUGACACACGCACUUUCAAGAACUAUUGGUCCGACUGGAAAGCUUUACACCUUUGAGUAUCAUGAAACUCGUUAUCAAACAGCUUUGAAAGAGUUCACUGACCACAAAAUGAUGGAAGACGUUGGUGGAAACACCGUUCUGACCCAUAGAGAUGUUUGCAAGCAAGGCUUCGUAUUAAAAGAAAGCAGCCCAGAAGAUAUCCAUUCAGUAUUCCUCGAUUUGCCAGCUCCUUGGGAAGCCAUUGAACACCUUGGCCCAUGUCUUAGAAAGAACGGAGGCACUAGAAUAUGUUGUUUUUCCCCGUGCAUGGAACAGGUGCAACGCACUGUGCAAUCUCUUCGUGAAAACAAAUGGACUGAGAUUCAGAUGAUCCGUCUGGACCAUAAACUGUGGAUGGCAAGAAAAACCAGAGACAUGGAUAUUGAAGAGGCGCUGGACCGGUUACGAUUCGUCAAGAGAAAGCGUCUUGACGGAUUGGAGCGGAGGCGCCAAAGACAAUUACAGGAGAACAACACUGCAGAUGAUGAUAGUAGUGAAACUCAAACAACGGUUGUCGAAGAACCUCGAGCACCUUCGCCAACCCUGCCCGCAACGAACAAGCGAAUUCGUGAAGGCGACGAAGCAUACAAUUGGAUUAACGUUUGCAAGUUAGAAAGUGAGGUUAAAUCACACACUAGUUAUCUCCUGUUUGCUCUCCAUCUUCCAUCUGCAAACGAGCAAAACACUGCAGAAGUCGUUUCUGCAGAAAAAGAGUCAGACUAAUUUUUUUGAACACAAAUAUACUUACUAAGAAAUUAUAAAAACCUUAACACCGCUUCUAUUAGAUUUGUUGUCAUUACUACCUACAUUACAUUUUUAAGCCCCUCCAUGAUUAAGUUUUUCUUGAAUGUCAUGCUCUGCUCCAAGACGAUCUACUUGCCGUUUUAAUUCAAGCAGCGUGACAAUAUCGUUUUGUAGUUGAGUAAACUUCGUGCAUGUGCGUUCGGUAGGCAUAACCAACCGCAUGGGGAUCCCGAGUUCAGCAAGUAUACCAUAAACUCGUUGGGUCAAAGAAGCCUUUAUUGUCGGGAGUCUCUGAGACCGGACAAACGCACCUGUUUGUAGCUUUUCAUGCCAUGAAACACCGUAUAUAGCGUCAUCGGGCAUAGGUCCACGUCGGAGGGAACGCCCAUUCAUAUUGCGAACUGGCGCGCUUACCCUGCUACUGUACAUAUCGACACCAGAUGUGAACUUUGGAUUUUCAACGCGCUUCCGAGCCUUUUCUGUAGCCGCCAUAUCUUGCACAAGUCCUGAAAGACCACUGCUUGUAAGGUAUUCUUGUGCAUUUGAGGUGGGUUUCUGUUCACUUAAGAGGCGGAGAAUGUCUUCUCUGUCACGAAUCAUCUUUUCUUGUGUAGCUUGGAUACGUUUUAACUCAAUAAACAGGGCUUCCUCUUCGGCAAUCUCCUCGGGCGUCCGCGCCAUUAAUCGUUCGAGGUAUUCUUUUCUAGCAAUUUCUUGGUCCUUGUCAUAAGCAAGGCUAUUGUAAAGGGCACUUUGUGCGGCCGUCAUUGUGUUUAACGGAUGCCGAUCGACCAACAAAGCCCUUUGGAUUUUGCAGAGGCGAUCCUUUAUGUCUUCAAGUCUUCGUUUCCUCCCCUUAAAAAUGUAACGAUCCGCUAUGAUGAAAAAACGCACAUCAUAUUCUUUACACAGUUCCAUCAGAUAAUCGGUUUCUUCUCGACUCCAGUCAUCAUCUUCAACAAGUUAAUAUGAGAAACGUAGCCCUAACUUCACAAUCGUACCUCGUAAUAACCGUUCAUACUCAUCAUCUGAAUAUGUUUCUAAAGCAGCAUGUGUGUUGAAUUUUUCAAAACGAUAUGCUACAUAGUUAACGUUAGUUAGCCAUUUUGAUUUAAGAAAAUUAUGAAGGCUUGGCAUACCUUCUGGUGGCGUUUCAGAUUUCUGAACCCAAUGAUGCAGGACCAAAC